UAUAUCUUAAAGUCUCGAAAAAUUCAAGAGCAUAAAAUUUAUCAUUUCGACGUAAGAUAUUUCGUCGUAGCCGAAAUUACGUAAUUGACGUCGGCGUCAUAACGUUGCGGUUAACAGGGACAACGACGUCAAUAGAUAAAACGGAAACGCAAUGGCUAGCACGGAAACCUUUUCAGAUAUGAUCAACUACUCGGGGACCCCCACUCAUCAACCGUUGUGACUCGGAUCAAAACGACAACUACUUUUGACAAUGCAUUCCAUAUUUGGCUAAAUUCAAAGAAAAGAAAGCGUACAUCUAGAUGUGACGCAGACGGACUUCCUGCAGCAAAGCGUCCACGGAUGAUGUCCUGGGCAUCAAAAAGACUCGAGCAAAAGUCUUGGGAAUGGCGCGAAAGGAGAAGGAAAAUUGCUUUAGGUAUAGUACUUUACUGGGAAGCUCAGAUGCGAGAUAUCCGCAGAAUGGCACGCAAGAGAGCAAGUACUGAGAUGUACGCCGACUACAUGGGCCUCGUGAAAUCUAAAUACAUGAAGAUGCUUCAAGGAAUACCAUCCCAGCCAUCAUCACCAGCAGUUUCAUCAGCAGGAAUACAAGCAGUUCUAAAAACAACAGAAACAACCGCAAGAGUACAAGGAGCUGUCACAAAAGAAGUAUCAACCCCUACACAGAAACGAAGAUUGAUUAAAAGGUUGUCGGACAAUGCUGAAGCAGAGGAAGCUCCACAGGUCAAGGUCACUCCUACUCCUCGUAGGAACGGAUGGCGUAGGAAAGGAGAGAAGAGAAGCUGACUUGUUUACACUUAGAAUCUGUAUUUUUUUUUAAUUUUGGAGUUGCCAAGUAGCAAUUAGUAAUAGAACACACUUCUCAAG